AUGUCCGAGGCUGAUUAUAAAUCAAAUGUACGUCUGGUGAGCGGCUUCUUUGAUGAGUUUCUGUCUGUGCUGAAGAAGAAGUCGAGACCGCCGCGUCUGGUUCUUCAUUACCAUCGGGCUUGCUUGUGUCUACUUUUCAUCUAUCCCAACAAAAAGAUGACAGAGAAUUCCGUGUAUAGGCAAUGCAACUUGGUCAUCUUGGCCAAUUUAACGUUCUUUCUCAUUACGGUCAUGAGUGCAAUACAUGAAUCGAAGAAUGUUAUCGAUAUGGGCGAAGAUUUCGUUUGGAUCAUUGGGAUUAGUUUGAUAUUGACCAAGAUUUUUUAUAUAUACCUACGUGCCGAUGGAAUCGAUUCUGUAAUUGAGGAUUUCGAUUAUUAUGGUAAAUUAAGACCACAUAAUAAUGAUGAGGAAAUCUUACGUUGGCAGCGUCUUUGCUAUUUGGCCGAAUCGGGAAUAUUUAUCAAUUGUUUUGUAUUGCUAACUCUCUUCAAUUUGGCCAUUUGUGUGCAACCUUUGAUCGGUGGCGGCGAUUUGCCGUUUCAUGUGAUGUAUCCCAAUAACUGGCAUCGACGUCAAAUCCACCCAAAAGUCUGGAGUUUCAUCUAUAUAUGGCAAAGCAUAACCUCGCAUCACAAUUUGAUGAGUAUUCUGCAAAUUGAUCUCCUGGGCAUACACACAUUCUUGCAGACGGCAUUGAAUUUGAAGAUUCUUUGCUUGGAAAUGCGUAAAUUGGGUAAAUUUGGUAAACUAAACGAUGACCAGUUCCAUCAGGAGUUUAGUGUGCUAGUGAAGUUCCAUCAGCAUGUAAUCAGCACCGUGCAAAAGAACAAUCGAGUGUUUUAUGGCUCUUUUAUUACCCAAAUGAUAGCCAGUUUCGCAUUGAUUUCCAUGUCCACCUUCGAGACCAUGGCUGCUGCCGGAGAUCCCAAAGUGGCUGCCAAAUUUGUGCUCUUUAUGGUCAUUACUUUCAUACAGCUUUCGUAUUGGUGUUUGGCUGGCACCUUGGUCUAUACCCAGUCAAUGGAAGUGGCCCAGGCGGCAUUCGAUAUUCAGGAUUGGCAUACAAAAUCCGUUUCUAUACAGCGUGACAUAAUGUUUGUGAUUCAACGUUCACAGAAGCCUCUGAUGUAUGUGGCCCAACCUUUUAUGCCCUUCACCUUAACCACAUAUACGAUGAUACUCAAGCAAUGCUAUCGCAUUUUGGCUUUAUUGAGAGAAUCAAUGUAGAUGAACUUUGAGUUUUAGAAAAUAAAAGUUUGGGCACCUG